CUACCAGGUGGAGUUUAUUUAAUUUACAUUCUUAGUGUGCCCACAACGAUGACAAUAUUUUGUAAAUUAAACUUAAAGACAGGAUUGACCUUUCUUCAGUCAAGUAAUAAUGCUUACCAAACAAAAUGUGUCGUUAAAAUAAAAUCAAGGUAUCUACUGUCAGUAAACAGUUAUUCUCCACAGUCAAGAGAGAAUGACCAUAAUCCAAAAGCACCAAAAGGUUUACCAACGAAAUUGCCAAUUGCUGGAGUAAAACAAGUUAUAGUUGUUGCUUCUGGAAAAGGUGGAGUUGGAAAAUCUACUACAGCAGUGAACCUAGCACUGGCCAUUAAGAUGACUCAGAAGAACAAAGAUGUGGGAUUGUUAGAUGCAGAUGUUUACGGGCCUUCUAUUCCUAGAAUGAUGAACCUUAGUGGUCAGCCAGAAGUCACAAAUCAAAACUUGAUGAAACCCUUGAUGAAUUUUGGUAUUAAAUGUAUGUCCAUGGGUUUUCUUGUGGAAGAAAAGUCUGCCAUCGUGUGGCGUGGGUUGAUGGUAAUGUCAGCAAUUCAAAAGCUAUUGAGACAGGUAGCCUGGGGACCACUUGAUUAUCUAGUAGUAGACAUGCCUCCAGGGACAGGAGAUACACAGCUAUCCUUAUCUCAGAGUAUCCCUAUCACAGGUGCUGUCAUAGUGACAACCCCUCAAGACAUAGCUUUACUAGAUGCAGUACGAGGGACAGACAUGUUUCGUAAGGUUGGUGUGCCCGUUCUGGGUAUUAUACAAAACAUGAAUGCUUUCUCCUGUCCAAAUUGUGGGCACACCUCUUACAUAUUUGGCCAAGAUGGUGCUCAACGGGUAGCAAAACAGCUGGAUGUUGAAAUAUUAGUUCAUAAAGUUUCACUUUUGUACGUCAAUGGAAAAAAACUUCAAACAAGAAUCAGUGUAUAA